AGAAAUGAUGGUUUUCGAAAGGCUCUAGCUUUCUCAAAUCCAGAUUUUGCUGAGGAGCUCGUUGAAAGAAUGCAAAAUAGACCAUCUCUCUCUUGUCCUUUGUCUUACAGAUCGUUUCUCUUUCAACGUGAUAUUAGAGGACACUACUAGAUGCAGUGAGGUCCUUUGUAUUAUUGGACCUUGAGUUGUCUUGUCCAAGUGGGAUAACCUUUUUAAUAUCAAUAAGUUCAACAGAUAGUGAACUUUUUUUGGUCUCGUGAGUUUUCUUUUUCGGGCUUGAUGGGUAAAGAGAAUCAGUUGGAGACAACAAAUUGUGGAGUCAAUGAUCACGAUUGUCCACCCGUCAAGAACGAAGAACUAGCAGCUGAGGCGCGUUAUAGUACAGACAGUGACUCGGGUUUGCCAACCUGUCGUGUAUGCCAUUCUGCAGAAUCUGACAGACGAGGAGAUACUGCCUUGGGGUUUUUGGGGAUUACUCCUCCGGUUCCAGACGCUCGUAAAAGCAAUGCAGACGAAAACGCUGAUGAUGUCAGCAAAGCUACAGAGUCUGAGCUGAAGAAUUCUGUCGUCAAAAGCAAUGGAAGGGAAUCUGGCUUCAUCGAAAUAACAAGUCCUGAUGCGGAAGUUUUCAUUUGCACAAAUGAUAUAGAAAUGGGAAUCCAGCAGCAUCAGGAUGCAUUGCUUGAGCUUGGAUGUUCUUGCAAAAACGAGCUUGCUUUGGUACACUACGCUUGCGCACUCAAGUGGUUUCUCAACCAUGGAUCCACCGUGUGUGAAAUCUGUGGACAUCCUGCAGAAAAUAUAAAGACUGCUGAUUUCAACAAAGUGGUCAUUGCCUUGAGAGAUUACACAGCACUAAGAGAAAGAACCGCCGAUGGAGGAGAUCCAAUCCCUGUAUUACCGGUGAGUACAGAUUCAACCAUAGAUUCAGAUGAAGUUGCUGCCAUUCGAAGGCAACGACUUAGUGAGAUAUCGUCAUGGUUUGGUCCCCAUUCCCUGAACAACAACAACAAUAGUUCUGUUGCGGCUUCUCAGGCUAUUCCUGACCAACCUUUAGGUGUUGUGAACUUUGACAUCUUACCUAUGGAAAGCCGUGCAACUAAAUGGGCUGUGGAAGGUACUGGGAUUCUACUUGCUACCGGUUUACUCACUGUUACUUUGGUGUGGCUCAUUGCCCCUCGUGUUGGAAAGAAAACUGCUAGGAGCGGACUUCACAUCCUUCUUGGUGGUCUCUGUGCUUUAACAAUAGUCAUCUUCUUCAGAUUUGUUGUGCUCACUAGAAUCAGGUAUGGUCCUGCACGCUACUGGGCAAUCUUAUUCAUCUUCUGGUUUCUUGUGUUUGGUAUUUGGGCUUCUCGUUCUAAUGCUUCUCACAAUAACCCUUGAAUUCACCAUCUCCUUUCUCCUCUCUCUCUCUCUCACUCGUGUCUCUAUCUAUCUGAGUCUGUAUUCUUCUCAUGGAGAAAAAUGUACAUUGCUUCAUUAAAGAAAAAAUAAGCUCAUGCCUCAUUG